AGCGACUCGUGAGGUAGAAGAAUUCGCGUAUUAGUUCUGCGAGCCGUACCAAGUUUCUGACCUGGAAUAACGGAGACCGCCAACGAAUACUUGUAAAAGCGGAGUGGUCGAGAGAGGACCGGUUAACCGACUCGGGAAAGAGGACAUUCAAAGAUCGAAUCAGUGUUUAUUCCCCAAAAUACAGAGCAAUGAGUCGCAGCAUUGUGCGCCAGAGUAAGUUCAGGCAUGUUUUUGGGCAGGCGGCAAAGGCAGAGCAGAGUUAUGACGAUAUACGGGUUUCCAAGGUGACGUGGGACAGCUCCUUCUGUGCAGUUAACCCAAAGUUUUUGGCAGUUAUAGUGGAGUCCAGCGGAGGCGGAGCCUUCUUGGUUAUGCCUCUUUCAAAGAUGGGUCGUGUGGACAAAAACUACCCCCUAGUGGUUGGACACUCGGGGCCUGUUUUGGACAUUGAUUGGUGUCCUCACAAUGACAACAUCCUGGCCAGCUGCUCUGAGGACACCACUGCCAUGGUAUGGCAGAUCCCUGACCACACCCCCUCUCGUCCCAUCAGUGAGCCCAUUGUAGUGUUGGAGGGCCACUCUAAACGGGUGGGCAUUGUAAAAUGGCACCCGACUGCCCGCAACAUACUCCUCACUGCAGGCAGUGAUAAUCUGAUCAUCAUCUGGAACGUGGGCACUGGAGAACCCCUGAUCACUAUGGAUGACCAUCCUGACCUCAUCUACAACAUCAGCUGGAACUACAACGGCAGCUUAUUCUGCACCACCUGCAAGGACCGGCGCCUCAGAGUGUGUGAUCCCCGCAAAGGCGAGGUGGUGGCGGAGAGACUCGCCCCACAUGAGGGUAUCCGGCCGAUGAGAGCUAUCUUUACCAGAGAGGGCAACAUUUUCACUACAGGUUUCACCAGGAUGAGCCAGAGAGAACUUGGUCUGUGGGAUCCGACAAAUUUUGAAGAGCCCAUUGCAUUACUGGAAUUGGACACAAGUAAUGGAGUUUUAUUGCCUUUUUAUGAUCCCGACACCAACAUUGUGUAUCUGAGUGGCAAGGGCGACAGCAGUAUUCGCUAUUUUGAGAUCACAGAGGAGCCUCCAUAUGUGCAUUACAUCAGCACAUUCAGUAGCAAGGAGCCACAGAGAGGAAUGGGCUUCAUGCCAAAGAGAGGAGUGGAUGUCAGCAAGUGUGAAAUUGCCAGAUUAUAUAAACUCCAUGAGAGAAAGUGUGAGCCUAUCAUGAUGACAGUACCCAGAAAGUCGGACCUGUUCCAGGAUGACCUGUACCCAGAUACAGCAGGUCCAGAGCCAGCACUGGAACCUGAAGAAUGGUUAGAAGGACGAGAUGCAGACCCCAUACUAGUGUCUUUGAGAGAUGGCUAUGUUCCUCCAAAGAGCAGAGAGCUUAAGGUGGCCAAGAAGAACGUUCUGGACACCAGGCCCACAACACGUAGAAGCAUGUCUGCAGUAGAUGGAAGCAGUUUGCCACCUCAGUUGUUGGAGAAGCUUGUUGAGGAGAUCCAAAGUCUGAAGGCCACAGUUCUUUCUCAGGAGAAGCGAAUAUGUGACUUAGAGAAUAAGCUCUCCAAGUACACUAAUGGCACAGUCUGACCGCAUCAAUAAAGCUAACUCAGC